AUGGGGCGCCUUUUCAAGGAGUGGCUGGUCGACACCAAGGUAUAUGUCUGCCGCCUGUGCCACUCGCACCUCGCAGCCCGCAGCGAUCUCGCCUCGAAACAAUUCAGAGGCCGCACUGGACCGGCAUGGCUCUUUGACAAGGCAACAAAUGUUUCGGAAGGCCAGUGUGAAGACCGCGUCAUGACGACUGGCAAGCACACGAUAGUUGAUAUUUACUGCAACGACUGCGGCACGAACGUGGGCUGGCGGUACCGCUUUGCCGUCCAGGAGUCGCAAAAGUACAAAGAGGGGAAGUACAUCUUGGAGCGCGAGCUGCUGAGGGCUGAGCUGCAGGAGGAAAGUGGAGCCGUCCGUAUUUGCAGCUUGGCCCCUUCUGACACCGAGUUCGAAUAA